AUGUCAGUCAAGAUCGUUCCGCUGACCAAAGGGGACAUCCCUGGCGCCGUCGAAUGUAUCCAGCAGGCCUUUGCCGACGACCCUUACUACCGCUGGGUUUUCAACGAUCCUUCCAAGUUCAAUAAACAAAGAAACAUCAGCUCGCUCACGGCCCGUUGCUUGUGGGGGAUCAACAAUGCUCUCUUCUUUGUCGCGAAGGAGGCCGACAGCACGUCUUCGGACGCACCGUCCAAGGUCGUAGGAGUGUCUUGCUGGCUGCCGCCUCAUCCGCCGUCUGAACCUGAGAGUUGGUACUCGUGGUUUCAGUCGUGGGUUCUCUCGUUCCGCCAGCUAGUCAACAACAUUCGAUACUGGGGUCGCGGCGGCCUCAACACGAAGCGGUACUGGAUCUGGAAAGCCCGGCAGGAGGAAGUCCAGAAGGAAAUCUGGACGGACCCCCGGGGCUACUAUUUCUGCAACAUCGUGGCCGUGAGUCCCCACACCCAGGGGAAAGGCGUGGGCCGGAAACUGUUCGAGGUUGUGACAGAUCGGGCGGACCAAGAGGGAAUGAAAUGCUACCUCGAGAGCUCGAAGAGCGUGCCCAACGUGGAGAUUUAUCGGAAGCUGGGCUUCGAGGUGGUAAAGAAGAUGGAGUGUGAGGAUGAGGGGGACGUGUGUCAGCUAUAUUGCAUGGUCCGGGAGCCAAAGACAAGCAAAACCAGCUGA